AUGCUCACGCCGAUCCGAGUGCGCGGCCGCAGAAAAAAACGCCCUGCUCCCACCGACGAUGCAGGACCUCGACCCAAGCGUCCAAAACGCCGCGGCGGCCGACGGCUCCUGUCGUUUGCCGAACGAUACAGCUCCUACUCCCAAAGCCAAGCCAUCAAACGCGCGCGUUAUCUGAUCACCAAACCUCCCAAACAACCGCGCAAGCAACUCAGCCGUCUAGAGACCCUCCCGGUGGAGCUGAUCGAGAAGAUCUUCCUGCAGUCGCUGAACGUCAACCUGCCCCGGGCGUCGGCGUCCCUCGCUGCAACGGUGUCCAGCGAGCGGAUCUACCGCGCAUUGAUCCUCCUGGCGUUCUGGAACGAUGUCCCCUCCGCGACUGGCCCGUUCGAUGCCGUCUCCGCGUCGGCAAUUACGAAGAUCCUGCGGCCGUUGGAUUACAUCCCGCUUGAUCUCGACGAGCGGGGCGCGCUGCAGAGUGCCAUCCUACGGUGCAAAUGGUGUACAGUGCAGCGGCUUCAGAGCCGGUUCCCGGAUCUGAUGGGUCUCAGUAUCCAGCGAUACUGGUUCAGCGCGGGGAUCAGCAUGGCAGAAAACCAAGAGGAGAAGUUGAGACGGUUCCUUGCGCGCGAAGAGGACGACGAAGACGAGAUGCGGAGUUUCGAAGGCACGGAUAAAGACAACAACCAUUACACGCUGACCGUGUCACCGCUUGUGUCUGUCACGGUUACCUGCCACGAGACGGAGACGGCCCAGACACACCGCAUCCUCGGCAUCACGGAGUUCCCGGAACGACUCCUUAGGGGCGGAAACGGGUUCGCGUCCGCGACGAUUGCUUUCCUCGAGACGCUUCGACUGGCGAGUGGGUUCAAUACCGCCGAGCUUAUGGAAACGCAUGUUGCUUUGUCGCGCGAUGUCCUGCAGAAGGGGAUUCAUGCGGCGUUGGUGGAACACAAUGCCGAGGCGCUGACGUCCUUGCUCAAGAUCGAUGAGUAUCAUUUCCGGUGUAGGAAUACGAACGUCACGACGGCGAAUAGUGUACCGUAUACGCUUCCAGCGGAGCAUUUCCGUACGGCUGUACGGGUUGCGCGUAAUAAGCCGGCUCUCUUUCAGCUUCUUGUCCGCGCCUGUGCGGAGUCGGUCCCGGCGGAUGAUUCGGAUAUCACGCAGUGGGCUAUGGAUCUAGGUGAUUCGUUUGGCCGGUGGCUUCUUGAUCUUAUGUUGCAGCUUCCGCAGCGGAUUAAGGCGGCGAAUGCUAAUCCGGCUGAGGGGGCGGUGUUUUAUCUGGGGAGAGCGAAUGGACAGGUGGAGUUGGCGAGACGGUAUCUGAAUGAGGUUUUGGGGGUGGAGGAAUUGGGGAGUUGGAUGGAAGAAACCUCGCAUGACUUUGAGAGCCAGUGGAAGGCGCUAUAG